UCCUCCUCCUCGUCCAUUCACUCUGCCUUUCUUCUCACCCAGCCUACACUUCUUUUCCCUUACUCUCUCUGCUUCUUGUUCACGGGUUGUCGUUGGGUCCCCACUGUCUGGGGGUCUCUGUGGUCGGGGCGGACAUCAACAAAGAACCUAGUAGGUGCUGGUGCCUGUUGGCCACACUUUGUGCAUUUCCUGCCUCCUCCCCAGACGGGCUGGGGUAGGAAGCAGGUCUGGCUGCUAACAUGAACAGGAGUCCCCUUACACUUUGGGCCACACAGCAGAGUGUUUAGUCCCAUCUGCCUCCAGAUUCAUUCUUCCCAGCACUUCUCCCAGGAGGCCUGAGCCUUCUCCAUGACCCUCAUGCUUCUCCCUGGCCCGGGUCCACCUCCUGGCCUGGGGAUGAGAGAGGGAGACAGUGCUAACAAGAUGAGCCUUGGAGUUCUCCCUUUAUUCCCCACCUCACCCCAUCCCCCGUACGCACCUAAUCAUAUGCAACAGGCACACCCCCUAACCCGAGUCACUGAGAAAUCUGUGUUAGUGUCCAGCACACCGGCCGGGUACACCUUGCCUGUGCAUGCACCGUGGAGACUUCAACAGUGGUGACCCCAACACCAGAGCCCCCCAGCGUCCAGCAAGCUCCCAGCCCUUGGACCUGAGUCAGGGAGGCCUCACCCCCAGAGGCCCUGCCUCUGGUGAUCAGGAGUCAGCUGUGCAUCACCCAGUUCUAGAAAGGCAGCAGCAACAGCCACCCGGAACACAGGGCUGUCUCCAGUGUGUGGCUCUACAGAAAGAAAUAGAGGACCUCAAAGAACAACUAGCGGUCAUGCAGUCCCUGGAUGACAAGUUCCAGGUCUUCUGAAGCCGAACAAAGCAUCUUCCAGUGAGGCGAGCUGCUGGUACCUGUGAAGCCCAGGAGCAGCGGCCAAGCUCAUUCCCUCUGGCUCUUCAGCCAGGGCCCCCUGCAGUUCACAAUUAAAGUUCCCCUCAUGUCCCUG